CGUCCCGUCCAAAAUCAAACACAAUCCAAACAAAUAUGGCCGUACAAGCAUCACCCGGAAAACUCAAGGAAUUAAGAUUACCUAUUUCACGGGUAAGAACGAUUAUGAAAAGUUCACCUUAUGUUGAAGCAAUUGGCCAAGAUGGACUAUUUUUAGUAACCAAAGCAACAGAAUUAUUUAUUCAUUAUCUAACCGAAGAAGCACAUUCACAAUCAAAAAAAGGACACAAUUUAGAUUAUAAACAUUUGGCGGAAGUUGUACAAAGUAACGAUUGUUUAGAAUUUCUUCGUGAAAUAAUGCCAAGGAAAAUAACAGUUCGUCAAUUUAAACAAAUGAUGGCAGCAAAAAAUGCUGUAAGUUCUUCAGAUUCCGACUCCGAUAGUCAGUCAGAUAGUUCAUCAUCAUCAGACAGUGAUGAGGAAAACUCAGACGAUUCUUCAGAAGCAAACGAAGAUACUAAUAAGGCAAAUGGAAAAAGUGAAUCGAGUGAUAAAAGCGAGAACAGCAAUUCCAGCGACAGUGAUGAAGAUAAUAAAAUGUCCACCGAAAGCUAGUGACUUAUCAUUUUUUUUUU